AUGGCUCUCUACAACAAUGGGGCUGAGGUGCCUUCGCCCCAGGAAGCCUCCAACGGCUUCCCCCAGCCCAGUGCCUCCGGCACGUGGCACAAGGGCGAGGAGGAGGUGCGGCUGGUGGAGCCCAGCAUGGUGAAGAAGGCUCACCGGGAAAUCCUGGACCACGAGCGCAAGCGGCGGGUGGAGCUGAAGUGCAUGGAGCUGCAGGAGAUGAUGGAGGAGCAGGGGUACUCCGAAGAGGAGAUCCGACAGAAAGUGGGGACCUUUCGGCAGAUGCUGAUGGAGAAGGAGGGUGUGCUCACCAGGGAGGACCAGCACGGGCGCCAGAUUGUGAUAGAGAACCACCACGGGGAGGAUGGGGAGGAGUAUGCAGUGGAGUACCCCGACUAUGGAGAGGGCUGCCUGCUGCAGUGCGACUGCUCGGCCGAGUGCUACCGCGAGGACAGCGGCCACCGCGAGUACAGGCUGAAAAGACGCUCGAGCAGCUCCACCUCUCCUCCACCCAAGAAGAAAAAGAAGAAGAAAUCAGGUCACCGCCGGAGCCGCAAAAAGAGGAAACCCGGCUCGGAGCGCAGCUGUGACAGCUCUUCACCCAUCCGCAAGGAAAAGAAAAAGAAGACUGGAAAGAAACACAGACGUGACAGGUCUGAGUCGGGGUCACGAAAAAAGAGAAGACACAGGUCCAGAAGCCCCAAGAACAAACGGAAAGAAAAAAACAAAGAGCGCAAGAGGUCCCGCAGCGAGUCCCCCGCCUGGCGCUCGCACCGCCGCAGCUCCUGCAGCUCCCACAGCGCCUCGCUCUCCUCCGACGACAGCGGCUCUAAAUCCCCCGGCAGGCUGAGCCCCAAGCGCCGGCAGGAUGGCCCCAAGGGCAGCAGCGCCCGCUCCAGCCGCAGCCCGUCCUCCCCCUCGCCCCAGCGCUCGGCCUCGCCGCACCAGAACGGGCACAAGGGCAGCGCCCAGAACGGCCGCCACAGCCACGGCGCCGCGCUCCCGGAGCCCUCGGAUAGGCCGGCCUCCGCGUCCCCCUCUCCGCGGGCUCACGGCAGGACGGAGCCGCCGUCCCCCCGCAGCCGGGGGAGCCGACACGGCGCCCGCAGCCCCCGCUCGCCCACGCCGGAGCGGGCCAAGCACGGCCACCGGCACCGCUCCCGCAGCGCCUCGCCGCCGUCCCGACACCGCGGCCAGAGCAAGGGGCGCCCCCCGAACCCCCGGGAGCCGCCGCCGCCGCCGCUCAGCCCCGCCGGCUACAGCAGCGACUCGGAGGGCUCGGCCGGCUCCCACCCGUACCACGCACCGGCCGGCCCCGACAGGAACCACGGCGCGCACGGCAAGAAGGUGAAGGAGCGGCACCACCGGGGCCGGCCCAACAGCAGCUCGGAGUCGUCAGCCAAGCACUCCCGGCACGCCUCGGAGCGGAGGAAGAGCCCGUCCCGCAGCCCGGGCCAGCGCAGCAGCUCCUGGAGCUCCAGCGGCUCCCUCUCCAAGUCCCGCUCCCGCUCCCGGGACAAGAGAGCAGCACGCAGCCGCUCCCGCUCGCCCUCGCCGAAAAAGCCAGCCAGCAGAGAGAAGGACAACGAGCCGCGAACACGUCACGGUGAUCCCGAUCCCGCCCGCCCUCGGCGCCGCUCCAGGAGCUACUCUCCCAUCAGGAAGCGGAGACGUGACUCCCCCAGUUUCAUGGAGCCCAGAAGGAUCACCAGCGCUCGCAAGCGUCCCAUCCCCUACUACCGGCCCAGCCCCUCGUCCUCCAGCUCGCUGAGCACCUACUCGUACAGCCGGAGCCGCAGCCGCAGCUACGACAGCUACAGCUCCAGCCGCAGCCGCAGCCGGACUCGCAGCCCCCCCAGCCGCUCCCGCAGCCCCAGCCGCAGCCCCAGCUACAACAGCCGCAGCAGCUCGGAGAGCGCCGGCUUCUGAGCCCCCCGACAGCCCAGCUCCGCCCCCUCCAUGCCACCUGCGCCCCCAGAAGGGACGGGACCAGCGGGCAGGUGGAAAGGAGCCGGAGGAUGCUAAGGAUGGACCUGGCAGCGGGGGAAAGCACGGACGGGAGCUCCAGUGGAACGCCCUGGGAGGGGGUGGUUCCUUCCCCCUGCUCUGGGGUGUUUUGGGGUCGGGAUGGGGAAGGGGAGGAUAUCUUCUUAUUUCUGCGAGUGCCGGGGUGGGGCGGGGUGGGGUGGGCGAGCACAGAGCGAGGGAACAAAACGCUCUGCAGAGACCUUGGGGCCAGUGGGUGGGGGUGGCUGGGGCCCCUCCUGUGCUUUUUUGGUUUGGUUUGACUGUUUUUUAGCACAAGAGCAUCCCGGGGAGGUGGGCGGGGGGGCAGGCUCAGCUGGAGGGUGUGAUGCCAACCGGAGGUGAGCAAGACCCUGUUUUCCCCAGCGAAGUUGUCCCCAGGGUGUCAUGGGGGACAGGGGCACUGCAAAACAUUUUGGGGUCGCCCCAGACCUGAGCACACACCGAGCCAUGGAUGAACAAAGCCGGCAGCACCUGCAAUCUCUUCCCAAAUGAGGAGAUCCAGGGAGAAAAGCUGCUCGUCCCAGCUCAGGAGCCGAACCCACCCCACCCAGUUUGGGGGCCCCGAGCUGUCACCCCCUGGAGGAGGGAGCUGCAGGGCCCGGGGCUGGGCAGGGUUUUCCCCUCCUGGGGGUGCAUCCAGCCCUCCUCUGGCAUGGCCUGUCCCACCUCUGGGCCUGCAGCCCCCAGUCCCCUCCUGCUCUGGGGAAAAGUGGCUGCUUUUUAAACUGAAUUAUGGGAAGAGAGAGGCAGGAGGGAGGGUCCCGGGCUUGGCCCGCAGUCCGGCUUUUGCAGGAUUUUGCUGAUUUCCAAAAAAAAAAAAAAAAAAAAAAAAAAAGCCCCCCAGGCGCUGAGGGCAGUGGCGGCCCCCGAGGCGGUCGGUGUUUAAUCCCGGUGGCCCCGCGUUUUCCGGCCGGCUGGAGCAGGACAAUGGGGAUGAGCCUCCCUGGGUGGGAGAGCAGCUGCCCGCAUCAACCCGCUGGCCCCGGAUGUAAAGCCAGGCUUUGGCCGUCCCGCUUGGCGCUGCUUUCCAGCCAGCCGGGAUCGGGAGGAUCCUUUGGACUCCAGCUCAGCCUCGUUAGCCGUGGCCUGAUGAACCAGAGGAGCCGGGAGGGCAGAGAUGAGAGUGAAGGGACACUAGUCCAGGCUCAGCCAGAGGCUGAGGAUUCACCAGCCCUUGG